AUAUAUCGGUGUAUAAUGUAAUACAAAUUAAUUCUUUAGUUCCUUUUCGUAUAUUUGCAUUUGCGAUCCGAGCUAUCUGAUGAUACAAACCAAACCAGUUGAAAUUCCAGUUGCAAAUGUCGUACCGACUAUCACAUGAACGCGCAAAGGUCGACCAGUCUUUAUUUCUUUUCCAAUCGGCGACAAAUACCUCAUUUAAAUAUACCUGAGAAAUUUAGCCUCGUAAAUUUUUAAUAUAUCCAGAUCGACGACCGCGUCCACUUCUCAUAUUGUUAUUAAAAUAUGUGUCAUUAUAAUUGAUGUAAGAAUAUCCCUUUUCAAAAGUUAAAAGUCCUUCAAAAGUGCUAUCGAUUUUUCGACGAUAAAACUGAAGCUAUUAGCUUAAACUUGAAAAGGAUUAUAUCGAGAAUGCAGUUGGAUGCAUCGUGGAUUUUUUUUUUUCGAAAAGUGCCGAUGAAAGUAACGCAAUGUUAAAACUUUUCAUCGAAUUCGCACGAUGUAAAACGAGAGUGUAGUAAAAAUGCGUCGCAGUGUUUUUUAUGUGAACUGAAAAACAAUUCUAUGUAUUGUAAGUUUUAUCCGAAAAGUAUCCAAUAUAUUCCUGAGAAAAACGCAACCGAUGCCGACCAGAUGGGAUGUGAUGUAUACUUAUUAUGGCAGAAACGUUCUCAAAGAGAUCCGUCGCAGCUAAGUACAUGGGUUCGUUUCCUGUGGCGAUUCCCGACAUUCCCAGCCGCGCGGAAUUUGUGCGCUCCCAAUUGGAGAUCCUUAGGUACAGCGAUCGAUUCACGCCCGUUCUCCUGAUAGUCUCGCUUGCGGGGAUUAAAGUAUGCAGUCCAGAUGGAAAAUGCGUGCAAAUGGCGCACGCGUUAAGACGCAUCUUUUACGCGACUUGUGAGCCGCAGCACGCCCAAUUCAGCUUUCUGGCGCGAGAGCCCGGGGCCCACUUCAGCCUGCAAUAUUGUCAUUCUUUUAUCACCGAGUCUGCAGAACAGGCGGAGGAGUUGAACACCAUCGUUGGCAAUGCUUUCCGCAUGGCGUACGUGGCGCAGCUUCAGCGCCAACCGAUCCUUCAGGAUGUAAUCUCAUCACGAUCGACACCGUCUUAUCGCAAGGACAAGCAGGAGCAUCGAACGUCGUGGAACAAAUCGCUGCCCGGAGACGACACGAUCGCCGCGGGCGCUUGCAGGAGUCCGUCGUCGAACUCGUGGCUGAAAAGUCGGACGUCGCCCACCUCCAAGAUUGGAAGGGGUCCGUCUGCAGCGGAUAUGAACGUGCAGCUCGGCAGCGCCGGCUCGCCCACGCUGCGACUCGCCAGCGUAAAGGCACCAAACACGAUCCCAGGUCUACGGCCGUCGUUUACGAACGUUCUCGGUCCCAUAACGAAUGUGGACGAGCCAAAGAGCUUGUCCCAACAGAGCACGCCGAGCAGCGAUGAGAGCAACUCGCCAACGGAGUUGAACUCAUACAAGAGGCUAACGGACAAGCCGCCGCUGAUAAAGCGGCUGGCGAUGGGUUUGACAGGUGGACGCGACGUUCUUGGGUUGAACGGUGAGGAUGACAGCUGCCCGCUCGUCAGCGGUAGCAGUACGCCGACCAGCCCAUCGAACAGACCCCAUUCCGGAGGCUACAUAAACGAGGCGAUCAUCGACUCGGAGGGUACGAGGCCAUCGUACAACAAGAUCCCACCGUCCGAGAGCCUCGAUAACACCAUCAACGCGUCCAUCACUAACGUGAAGAAUUUCAACAUCGAGAACAACAGGAUAGGGCACAAUUGCCCGGACUCGGGUACGGAGGCGGAAUUCAAGUCGAAAAGAAGAUCGCAAAUUAGCACGUCGAGCAGCUCGGUACCCGCUGACGGAAGCACUCAUGGCUCCACGCCAACCCCGCCGCCUUUGCCCGAGAGAACAGACAGCCUGAAUAAUCGAAGUGAGGAGGCCGAGCUACGCAAGGCGCCCUGGUUUCAAGCUGGAAUACCCAGAGAGAUAACGCUGGAAGUAUUGAGCCAAGAGCCGGAAGGAGCGUUCAUGGUGCGCGAGAGUACCAGCAAGCCCGGAUGUUACGCUCUCUCCCUCCGUGUGCCCCGUGAAUUCCAGCCGAGCGGAAUAGCCCAUUAUCUCAUAAUGCGUACAAACAAAGGUUACAAAAUCAAAGGCUUUACAAAAGAAUUCACGACGCUCACCGCGCUAAUCACUCAUCAUUCGGUUAUGCCGGAAUUAUUGCCGUGCCCAUUGUCGCUAAGCCGAUACAAUCCGAGCUUCGUCAAGACUGACUCCAGCAAGGAUUUCGCGGACAUCGAUUCGGACCCGGAUUACAAUACCCUAGCGGAUUUUCGCAAAAUGAUGGCCGAUCUGAAUGUCUAGAACGAUCGACAAUGACUCUCUAUCUCUAUCUCCUUCUUUCUUUCUCUUCUGCACUUUCCUAUGGUUUGUCGAUUCAUUUAAAACCAGUUGGAAGAUACGUGAGGCACCGUUCGGUAUAUUUGUACCUGGAUCGAUUUUGUGCCAUUUGUAUUGUAUGUAAAAAGCCGAUCGUUAUUCGCAAUCAUUAUCCGCGAAGAGAUUUUGCCUAAGGUAAUUGACAUCGGCGCAACGCACUUUAAACGACGCUUAGUUAACGAAUCUAUGUUCCGGAAAGACUCGCACAGCCACCAGUGAUACAUAAUCGUAAGUCAUUAAUAACGGUAAGAAAUGUAGCGUAGAUAAUUUAAUAACUGCUAGUGUUGUAUACGGACGCGUGACUGGAAUAGCGAUUCGAUUUUUUUUGUAUUACAGCACGUGCGCCUAGCCAGAUGUUAGUUUUAAGCAUAUGCUAUAGCAAUUGACGUCUGCCGGAACUUCAAUCGGUAUAAAUUAUUUUCACAAAACGUAAUAUAUGUUCAAGUGCUCGUUACGAAGAUUAUUAUAUUUUUGCGAGUUUCUCUACGUUAAACGAACUGUCGAAAUCGAAUUUUGUUAUCGUUUGGAUUGCUCUCGAUAGUUGCAACAAUACCAAACGAUUCGUAUAAUAUAUUCUUGUUAUAAAACGCGCAUUAGAUGCGUAAUUGGAGCAUUAAGAAGAUAAGGGAGAAUUAAUGAAUUCAUUGCGAAAAGUUACGAACUUAAAAAAUUUCGAGUAAAUUUUGAUUGAUUUACAGUUGAAACAAAAUUUAAAAACACGUUGAAAGGACGUCCAAGUUUUCAGAAAAAAAUUUUGAAGGUGAUACGUGAAGGAUAUUGUUCUCCGAGAGAAAAAUCGAUAACUUUCUUUUCCGGGGUAGCGUUAUAUUAAAAUAUUUUUUCAUCUAGUUCCUCUCUCGAUUACAGUUUAUUCACGGCGUCCGAAAGAGAGAGAGAGAGAGUGAUCUAGUAAUUUUUAUUCGACUGAACAGUGAACAGUUAUCUAUCUUUUCGUAAGAUAUAAUUGAGGCUCGUAUUACCAUGGUCACACACAACAUAUAUUCUGUGGUUGCUUCGGAAGCGAGAAGGCUAUUGUAUAAUAGGCAAAUGUAAUCGCUUCCUCUGUUUUAUGAUUGGACUUUAUAGUUAAUUAAAAGUGUAUCUUUGAAAUGCAAAAAAUACAAGGAAACGUUACAUAUUCUAUAGGUUCAGCUAAGUUGAACCACUGAAAAAAUGUUCGAGCUUAGGAGUAAAGUCAAGAUAUAUGGUCGAGCUAUUAUCGAGCCUAUAUAUGUCGGAGUUAGAUUCUUUCAUUUAUCAUUUAAUCGCAUUCCCGAUGGUAUAUCGCAAUCCGAUGAUACAUCGGGGACCAAAAACGAAACAAUAUUCACCGAAAUUUCGAUAAAAAGAGAAACAGUUUGCUCUCUUUUAGUAUUGAAAAUGGAAUAAUUUUGAUUGCCAUAUAUUUCAAUUAUUAUCUCGU